AUGGAGGAGGGCGGCAGCGGUGGCAGCGGUGGCAGCGACAGCAGCACCAGCGGGAGUGGUGGGGCGCAGCAAAGGGAGCUGGAGCGCAUGGCUGAGGUCCUGGUCACCGGGGAGCAGCUACGGCUCAGGCUGCAUGAAGAAAAGGUGAUUAAAGAUAGGCGACAUCAUCUCAAAACCUACCCAAACUGCUUUGUCGCAAAAGAACUGAUUGACUGGCUGAUUGAGCACAAAGAGGCUUCCGACAGAGAGACAGCAAUCAAACUCAUGCAGAAGUUAGCAGACCGGGGCAUCAUUCAUCACGUGUGUGAUGAGCAUAAGGAGUUCAAGGACGUCAAACUCUUCUACCGCUUUAGAAAGGAUGAUGGCACCUUCCCUCUGGACAAUGAAGUGAAGGCCUUCAUGAGGGGACAGAGGCUGUAUGAGAAGCUGAUGAGCCCUGAAAACACACUGCUGCAAGCCAGGGAGGAGGAAGGGGUCAAGUACGAGCGCACCUUCAUGGCGUCUGAAUUCCUGGACUGGCUAGUCCAGGAGGGAGAGGCCACCACGCGGAAGGAGGCAGAGCAGCUGUGCCACCGGCUUAUGGAACACGGUAUCAUACAGCACGUGUCCAACAAGCACCCGUUCGUGGACAGCAACCUUCUCUACCAGUUCAGAAUGAACUUCCGGCGGAGACGCAGACUGAUGGAGCUGCUCAAUGAAAAAUCACCCUCCUCUCAGGAAACUCACGACAGUCCCUUCUGCUUGAGGAAGCAGAGCCAUGACAAUCGGAAAUCUACCAGUUUUAUGUCUGUCAGCCCCAGCAAGGAGAUCAAGAUCGUGUCCGCCGUGCGGAGGAGCAGCAUGAGCAGCUGUGGCAGCAGUGGCUACUUCAGCAGCAGCCCCACCCUCAGCAGCAGCCCCCCGGUGCUCUGCAACCCCAAGUCCGUGUUGAAGAGACCCGUAACUUCUGAGGAACUCCUGACUCCCGGGGCUCCGUACGCAAGGAAGACAUUCACGAUCGUCGGUGAUGCUGUUGGCUGGGGCUUUGUGGUACGGGGAAGCAAGCCGUGCCACAUCCAGGCCGUGGACCCCAGUGGCCCGGCUGCAGCAGCAGGAAUGAAGGUCUGUCAGUUUGUCGUCUCUGUAAAUGGGCUCAAUGUGCUGCAUGUCGACUACCGGACUGUGAGCAAUCUGAUUCUGACGGGCCCUCGGACGAUCGUCAUGGAAGUCAUGGAGGAGUUAGAGUGCUGA